AUGGGGAAAAACAAAUUUCUCACACCUAAGGCAAUUGCCAAUAGAAUUAAAGCAAAGGGACUGCAGAAGCUUCUGUGGUAUUGCCAUAUGUGCCAGAAGCAGUGUCGUGACGAGAAUGGUUUCAAAUGCCAUUGCAUGAGUGAAGGGCACCAGCGUCAAAUGCAAAUUUUUGGACAAAACCCAACUCGCAUAAUUGAGGGCUAUACUAAAGAAUUUGAGACUACUUUUCUUGAGCACAUGGAGCGUAGCCAUCGAUUUAGCCAUGUGGCUGCGACUGUAGUGUAUAAUGAAUAUAUAAAUGAUAGAAACCAUGUUCAUAUGAACUCCACUGAGUGGGCUACACUUACUGAAUUUGUUAAGUACUUGGGUCGAACUGGAAAAUGUAAGGUUGAAGAAACACCCAAGGGAUGGUUCAUUACAUACAUAGAUAGAGAUUCAUAA